CAGACUGACAGACUGACAGACAGGAGUGAGGUGCUUCGUUUGGACAGAAGAGGAGACACGCUGAUAAACUCCACAGCCGAACCCCACCGUCAGUUUAAGCGAAUGGUGACCUGAGAGAGAUGGCCGAUACAGGACUGUGUUGUGCCAGCCUGGAGGAGCCCAAGACUCUGAUGAAGAUGGGUCUGAGCAUGGUCCUCAUCGGUCAUGUGAACUUCCUGCUCGGAGCGCUGGUGCACGGUGUGGUGCUCAGACACAUCAACCUGCACAGGCAGGCCCGGGCCAUGGAGUACGCCAUCUCCAAUGUGGUCGCGCUUACCUCUGGGCUUAUAGGAGUUGUUGUCGGCAUUCUGGCUAUUGUCCUGUCUAAAAACAAGAAGAGUCGAGGCCUGACGUGGUCCCUUUUCAUGGUCGGUCUGGCUGCGGCUCUCAUGGCAGCAGCCUCAGCCAUCGGACUCUUCAUAUCUGUGGUGAGGGCCAUCAUUCACGGUGGGCGGAGCCUCCUGACUCACUGCCGCUUCCCCGAUGCCAUUGGCUACUCCAGCGUCACCAACGAGUGUCCUUUUGACCCCACACGCAUCUACAGUACCACUCUGAUCCUGUGGGUGCCUCUGAUCGUGACUUGUGUCAUCCAGAUGGUGUUUUCCGCCCGGUGCUUUGCUGUCUGUGCUUCAUUCCUGGGUUUACCUUGCUGUCCAAACAGGAAGAGAAAAAGAGACUAUGGCAGAGCGAUCAAUGUGGUGAGGCCGAUGGAGGAAGCUGCUCCCUCUCACUACACUGAACCUCCAACACGCUACACGGAACCACCAAGAAGCCACCGCGAACCUCCAAGACGGAAUGCUGAACCUCCAAGACAGCAGCGCAGACCCCCUCCCCCUUCACAGCCUCCUCCCCGUCAGCAUUGGAGUCUUCCUCCCUCGGAGAGGCGGCCUCUUCGCCAGCCACACAGAGAAAGGUCAAACAGAGAAAGGCAAGAAACGAGGGUUGGCAGCCAGCAAAGGGCACCGGAAGAGCACCAACUGCUGGAGAGGGGUACGCUGGAAAGGUCCAGCUUCUGGAUUUAGACAUAUUUGACAUGCCAGAGCUUCUUGAAGACAAAAUGCUCUGCAGUGCUUCAAUACUUGGAUUCAGACUUCAUACUUGCAGCCCUAUCGUCCAGUUAGUACUUCAUGAACUCUGAGCCGGUGAUGGGUUUUUUUCAGCAGUGCUGAUGUAUGGAUUUUCUGAGGCUCAGACUGUUUGCACAGUGUACAGGAUCCCAGUUAUGUGAGUGUGUCUGUUCUUGUAUUUCUGUUCUGAUGAGGGUCAAAUUAUUCAUAUCAGGAUAGACUUAUGAGGUAAAUCUUUCAAAGUGAGGACAUGGUCUCAAAUGAUGCGUAUAGGAGGGAUUAUUCAGAGUAGGGUUGCAGCGUUAUACCGGUCUCAAGGUAUACCGUGAUAUAAAAGUUGACUGUUCAUGACUGUAUCAUCAUUUGCCUAUUGACGAUACUGAAAAUAAUACAACUGGACAGAUAAUACUUCCAUUAACAAAACGGUUUAAAUGUAAAUAUAAUACCGUUGCAACCCUAAUUCAGAGUAAAAAAAAAAAAGAA